GGAAUUAGCUAUUUACCUGCUGCAAAGGUGGGUCUCGGGGUUACAAUUCUUCCAGAGCUCGAUCAUCAAGGAUUUAUCGCGUGGGCUGCCUGGGAAACAUGUCUUAUUAGAGCAAAUCGUAGGGCAUUUAUCAGAGACCUCGAUAUAUUUUCACAAUGAAGAAGAGUAAUACCAUGCAAGGGACCCUCAGCAAGCUUUUUGGGAAGAAAAAUACAAACAAUAACUCGUUGUUUGCUGAUAACCCACCUUGGAUUCUGCCCCAGGGAGCCAAGAAAGGAUCUGACAGUUACAAAGAUGGAACGAUGCCCUCCUUUUCCUUUUUGGAUGAAUCGGGUACUGCAACUCUGAAAGCCCGACCUGGACCUCGUGCCAGACCAAUGCUUAAUUUCUCUACUAGUAACACAGAGACUCAAGCAUUAGCGGUGCCAACCCCAUCCGUUCCACCUGGAUUUUCUGAUAACCUUAUGGGAAAUGGGGCAAAAUUAAAUGGGAAUUACAGGAUGUACAGUUCUGUUGGAGAUUUGAGAGGAAGUCACUAUUAUGAAGAUAAUUUUGAUGAAGAUAUUCCAGCUCCACCCAAUAUGCCGCCACCUCCUCCUCCUACAAUGCCCCCACCUCCUCCACCACAGGAGAGCCCACCCUCAUCCACAAUAUCCUCUCCAGCUUCUCCAAGUCCACCGGACUUUAUACCACCCACACCAAAUACUUCUGUACCUACUGCACCUAAUUUUAAUGUUGCACCUGUACCCCCUACCAUUAUGUCACAUGGGGACCAGCAGCCUAAUGUCUCGAAAUGGAAAUCUGAAACUAUCCUUAAUACACUGCCGACUGAUGAGCCUGUGGGAUUGCCUAAUCGGUUUUCCUUAACUCCUACCCUUCUGCAUAAACAUGAGCAGCCAAACUAUGAUAUCGAACCCCGGUCUACUUUACCAAGGUCGUUUAAAAAUCCACCUCCUGCCCCAGCAAGGACAUCAUCUAUACAACAGCAAGAACAAAUGAUCCAUCAAAGAGACAUUAUGAGUAACCAUUAUGCCAAGGAACCUCCACUCUCACCAUUGGCAUCAAGCUUUAACCCUAAUGUCCAAGCCAAACUUUUUGCAACUACAGGGCAAGGACAGACACCUAUAAACGAUACAUUAAACAAGAGAAAAUCCAUGAUAAUAAUGGAAGGUCCACAAACAGUAAUUCAUAGCAUUGAUCAGAAUGUGGAAAGGACUUUCGGGACAGAAAGGGAGAAUGUCGAUUUUGGACCAUCAAAUGUGCAAACCAGUUUGAGUUUACCGGUUACACCUGUCAUUGGUCGUUUCAAGAGUGGCAAUGAGACAUUAAGUUUAGGAAAUGUUAAUGAAAUGCCUGCAUUCGAUGGUAGUGACCAUAAACAGCCCAACAAAAUAACACAGAAUAAAACUGAAAUAGCAUCGGUGGUUUCGGUAAAUGACCAGUCUAAAGGAGCAACAAGACGUCCCCAGAGCAGCAUAGAGUUCAAUAAAAUUAAGUUUAACAAAGAGGCAUACUCUACAGAUAAUUCAAAGCCCACUAUAAAGGUCAUCUCACUGAAACCUAUUUUAGACAAUUUUUCCAUAGCCAAUACAAAUGUAAGUGGUAAAAAAGAUUCUUUGACCAAAAAAGAUAUUAAUGCAUUUAAUAAAGAUUUGGAAAGUGUUGAGUGUGAUAUGAAAUCUGAGGCAAUUACACCACCACCUGUCACCUCUCCACCUCCACCACCAUCUACGGCUCCACCAAAUCCACCUUCAAUGCCUCCACCGCCUCCACCAACUGCACCCCCACCACUGCCGCCUAUGAUUCCACUGGCUGUACCACCAAAGACGCCACCUGCUCCUCCCCCUGCUCCUCCCUUACCUACCACGUCUCAUGUAUCACCUGUAGUUGAUAAAAACAAUGACUCUCCGACUUUUCCACCUGCACCACCAUUAAUGGUUCCCCCGCCUCCUCCACCAAAAGUACCUCCUGCACCACCUUUGCUGUUGCCUGCUUCUCAGACUUUGACUUCAGGACAAACUUCCCAGCUACCAUUACACAAGGCAUUACAGGCAAAAGAGGAGAGCCUCAAGCACCUAGCAAAAAAGGCGAAUACUAUUGAAAUUAGACCUGCUCAGUUGUCUGUUAAUGCUAAUAUUGAUGAUGAUCAAAAAAACAGAGUUGGCAAAAUCAAAGAAGAGUUGGAAGCCUUCUUGUCAUCACCAAAGAAAGACGACCAGAAAAUUGGUGGUCUUAAAAAUGUUCGACAAGGACUGGAAAUUAAAAACAAAAAUGCUAACAUAAAUGUGCUAUCAAAAGGUGGAGAUACCAAUCUGGUUAACUCCUUGAUGUUGAAAGUCCCACUCUUACCUGCUAAGCCUGAUAAAGAGGAUCCUGAUGCAGACAACUCUGAGUGGCUUCCUAAAAGUAGCAAAGUGGAUAUUAAGAUUCCUGAGCCAGACUAUUUGCCGACAAAACACACUCCGGAAGCUACUCAUAAAAAACAUCUUGUACAAGAUACUAAACCCAGUCUUCUUGAGCAUGUGCCUCCUUCACCACCAAAAGCUACAGAUAUAUCAAACAGAAUGAAUCCCAUCCCAUCAUACAAGUCACAUCAUGAAAGGAAGGCUUCUGCUGGCAGCUGGAACUUUGAUUUGCAGUCCUCAAAGCCAGACACAUUGCCAAGUUUAGAAAAAGAAAGCAUUUCCAAAUCUGAAAAAAUCCUCCUGUCCAAGGAUGAACCACCAGUAGAACAACCUACAAGUGUACUUGAACCCUCUGUAACAGAAGAUAAAAUUGAACCUGGGUCCCCUAUGGCAUUGCUCUUGGCAGCAAAGAGGCGUGCCCAAAAAGGUCCACGUUCUCGGUCUGUAGACCGUAGUAUUUUGCCUAAAGUUUUGGUUACAAGUCCAACAAACACCUUUGCCGUUGUGCCCAAACAGGAGAAUAAAGGGCAUAUUUCUCAGGAAGGUGGCUUGGGUGCCUUAAAUGACACCAAUAUUGCAUCCACGUAUUCUGGCAGUCUUCUGAACAAAUCAAGCUGGAGAGAUGAAGGAUUUCAGGUUACUAACCUUGACAGACCGGAAAAGCAUUCUCUGCUGUCCAGUGAUUACAACAGCUUGGAUAAUGAUGGGGCACAAUAUCCUAGAAGUAAAACUGCACCAAAAACAGACAGCAGUGAUAAUAACUGGAAGGCCAAAUCUGCCUAUCUACAAGAGGAACAGUUCACAAAUGAAAGUUCUAUUUCCACAAAUAAAUCACAUGAUAGUGGUAUACUUAACUUUAAUAUUUCAUCAUUCCCAUCUCCCACCCCACCCUUAAAAACAAAUGAAGACAUUGAAUUUGAAAUUAUUCCACCUCCAGCAGAAUUCAUGAACAGUCCAGGGCCAAAGGAGAAUGAACCACAAAAGCAAGAUAUGACAUUUAGUUAUAAUAAUAAUAAUACUCGUGACAAAGUAGACUUUGGAAUACAAAGCAAUGAGUAUAAUUAUACAACAAAUCAGACCACGGUUUCCCAAACAACAUCAGGCACCAGGGACUAUAACAGAUACGCAAAUGACAAUUACAGUACUGGAACCACUAGAGAUUCGCGCAGAAGCUCUCUAAUUAAGCAACGGUUAUAUAUGCCUGAACCAGAAGCCCCCAGAAAUUAUGGGAAAAAUCCAAGCUCUCUAAGAUCUGCACCCUUGCCAUUGUCAUAUAGUCAAAUGCAUUCUCACUCAAACUCCGCUAUGGCUGUAGACCCGCGUCGUCCUUUGGCUGCUACAUCCAGAUACCUUCCCCAGGGAAGGAGAGUCUCAUCUGAGAACCUAAAUAGAAUGGGAAUGAUGAAUGAUAUGAAAUACAAGCUUCAAAAUCAAGACUACUCUGCCAUCAAAACUACAGUCAGGCCGCAGAGUAACUCUCAAGGCAUGACCUUCACAGUCAGACCAGGCACAAGGCAGCCUAUUUCGAAUACUUAUCAAGGUGGCUACAUGUAAGGCUACAGUGCCCUCAAGGUUUCUGUGACAGAGCAACAGAAGAAGUUACCGAUGAUCGACACAUCUUUUAUACAAGGACAAGUUUCAUUCCUAAUCUGUUUACUUGGUUUUACCUUGACUUUGCUUAUUUCAUCAUCAUUUGUUGUUUGGAGUACAUUUUCACAAGUUUCCUAACAAG